AUGCCAUACGAACCACAAUCGAUCGAUGAAACUGCGAUCAACACCAUCCGCACGCUCGCUGCGGACGUAGUCGCGGGUGCAAACUCUGGCCACCCAGGUGCUCCCAUGGGUCUCGCUCCUGCAGCCCAUAUCCUCUGGACAAGGUUCCUCAACGCAAACCCAAAAAACUCGAAAUGGUAUAACCGCGAUCGAUUCGUGCUUUCAAAUGGACAUGCCUGCGCCCUGCAGUACAUCAUGCUCCAUCUCCUCGGAUACAAGCUCUCGAUGGACGACCUCAAGGCGUUCCGUCAGGUCGAUUCGUUGACACCUGGUCACCCUGAGUUUCACCAUACCGACGGUAUCGAAGUCACCACUGGUCCUCUCGGUCAAGGAUUUGCCAAUGCCGUCGGACUUGCAAUUGGUCAGGCCCAUAUGGCUGCCGUUUACAACAAGCCCGGGUUCGACGUUAUCAGCAACCAUACAUACAUGUUCACGGGUGAUGGGUGCUUGAUGGAAGGUGUGGCUAGCGAAGCUGCGUCCCUUGCUGGUCACCUGCAGCUCGGAAAUCUAAUUGCGAUAUACGACGACAACCACAUUUCCAUCGAUGGUGAUACUGCAUGUGCAUUCACCGAAAACGUCGAGCAACGUUUCCUCUCGUACGGGUGGCAAGUCCUUCACGUCGACAAGGGUGACACCGAUCUCGCUGCGAUUUCGGAUGCCAUCGAAGAGGCCCAAAAGGAGAAGAACAAGCCUACGAUUAUUCGACUUCGAACCAUUAUCGGAUACGGCUCGAAGCAGCAAGGCACUCAUGGCGUUCACGGAAGCCCUCUCAAGGCGGACGAUAUUGAGCAGCUCAAGACCAAGUUUGGAUUCGACCCCAAGCAAAAAUACUUUGUUCCCGAGGAAGUCUACAAUGUCUACCACGCCGCCGCCCAGCGUGGUGCCGCUCUUGAGCAAGAGUGGGAGAAGCUUUUGGGAGAAUACUGCCAAAAGUAUCCCAACGAGCAUGCCGAGCUCACGCGCCGUAUCAAGGGCGAUCUUCCAGAGGGAUGGGAGAAGGCUCUCCCGGUGUACAAGCCCGGAGACUCUGCCGUGGCAUCGCGCAAACUCUCCGAGACUGUCCUCACAAAACUCACUCCAGUUCUUCCCGAGCUCAUGGGAGGUUCGGCGGAUUUGACCGGUAGCAACUUGACCAAGGUCCCCAAGUCGGUCGACUUCCAGCCUGAAAGCACUGGACUCGGGACUUACAAGGGUAUCUACAUUCGCUAUGGUGUCCGUGAGCACGGUAUGGGUGCGAUCAUGAAUGGUCUCUCAGCAUAUGGUGGUAUCAUUCCCUUCGGUGGCACUUUCCUCAACUUUGUCAGCUACGCCGCUGGUGCCGUCCGUCUUUCUGCCCUCAGUGGUCAUCAGGUCAUCUGGGUGGCGACCCACGACUCGAUUGGUUUGGGUGAAGACGGACCGACACAUCAGCCUAUUGAGACUGCAGCUCACUUCCGUGCCAUGCCAAACUGCCACUUCUGGCGACCAGCAGACGGCAACGAGACGUCUGCAUCUUACCUUGUUGCUCUCAAGUCCAAGACGACGCCAUCGAUCAUCUCGCUCUCUCGCCAGAACCUGCCUCAGCUCGAAAACUCGACGAUCGAACAUGCGGUCAAGGGCGGAUAUGUCCUGCACGAGGUUGAAGGCGAGGCACUCACGAUUGUAAGCACGGGAAGCGAGGUGGCGAUUGCGGUCGAGGCGGCUGGGCUCUUGGAAAAGGAGGGUAUCAAGACCCGUAUCGUCAGUUUGCCUUGCUGGAGGGUGUUUGAUGCACAGCCCGAAGAGUACAAGUUGUCCGUCUUUAGGAGUGGUGCGCCAAUUCUUUCGGUCGAGGCCUACUCGACGUAUGGAUGGGAGCGAUAUUCGCACGAGCAGUUUGGUCUCCCAGCGUGGGGUGCCUCUGGACCGUAUCAAAAGGUGUACGAGAAGUUUGGGCUCACUGGUACUAACAUUGCGGCGGUUGGCAAAAAGGUUGUCGACUUUUACAAGAAGAGGGGUGGUGAGGUUGUGUCUCCACUCCUCAAGGCGCUCUAG